AUGGGAGGAGCUUUUGCCGGAGAGCCAACACAUGAGUUGCUCUCCAGUUUACAGGGGGACUGUGUACCCAAGUUCUUCGGACUGUACGUCAAAGCAAACCCGACGAAAGGUGAACGUACCACCUGUAUAGUGCUACAAGACUGUGGUCAAACCCUUCCAUGGGACUUCUGUCGGCUAUCACGAGACGAAAAAGCCCGGAUUCUCAACACAUUGCUAAAAAUUCACCGUGUAGGGCUACUACAUUUGGACUUUCACGAAGAAAACUUGUUGAAGGAUGAUAGCAAUAAAUACACGGUCAUCGACUUUGACGAGAUGAAGACAGGCCAUGUGUGCGCCUGCGGUGGAGAUUAUGAUUUCGGCACUCACGACGACAUGAGCCCAGUUAGCCCCGCCUGCCCUUACUUGUUAGUUAUUGCCCACAACAUGAGCUUUUAUGAUUCGGGAUAUGUCGAUGUGGAUGGUUACGUCUGA